UUAUGUUUGUUGUUUUUUUAUGACGGGGGUAGCAAUGAGCAACUAUAAUACUUGGCUUUUAACAUUGUCUUGAUAUUGUUUUUUACUGUGAAUAUUAUUAUUGAUGUACUGCGAUGACUGAUGCGAAGUGUUAUGAAAUCGACACUAUACUUUAGAUUACAACUAACGAAUGUUCAAUUCAAACGAUUUUUUGGAUUCCACGAAAUGCUAUGCUGCAAACUGUAGUCGAAUAAAACUUUUUUUUUAAAACAGUUAAAGAGAAAAUUGUACAAAGGUUAAUUAAUAUUCAAACAGCGUGUUUUUUUUAUUCACAAUGCACGAAUCUUGAGAAGUAUCUAUAUGUAAACAGCAAACACACACUGUGACUUACUCUACACUUUCGCAACCUUUGUACAAUUUUCUCAUUAACUGUUUUUUUAAAUAAAUGUUGGUAAAUAUGUAGAGUAACGGUAUCUGCGAAAAAAAAAUGUUAAAAAUCUGAAAACACUUUCAUUCUAUGCUCUUUCACUUCCUCUUUUCAUUAAAACCGGCGGAGAUAAGAAAUUACAAAUACUUUAGGAGAUAUAGAAUUUUUUAAUUUUGCAAUACAGGACCUGUGCUAUCAUUCCACCGAAGCUAUUUUUGUUUUUUUGCCGUGUGUUUGUGAAUGCGUAAUUAAAUAAAAUGGUCGAUUAGGUCAAGUCAGUUACAUUAUUAAUACUUUCAAAAUAAGCGGAUAUUACAAAUAAUGAGAAUUAAUUUUAAUGGCUGUUUAGUUUUAAAAUAUUUAUAAUGUAACUGACCUGACCAAACAAACCGGGACAAAGGAUGAACAGUAGGAACUAAAAUGGUUGAUUAGGUCAGGUCAGUUACAUUAUAAAUACUUUCAAACUAAACUGACAUUAAAAAUAAUAUGAAUUAAUUUUAAUGGUUCAGUUUUAAAGUAUUUAUAAUGUAGCUGACCUGACCUAACAAACCAGGACAAAGGAUGAACAGUAGGAACUCACGUAAUUUUUUUUUUUACUUAUUACUUGCGCAGCAAUAUAAAAAAAAACAAAAUAUUAAAAUUUGAAACGUUAAAAACUCACUUAAGUUGGAGGCGGGUACAAUUCCUUUCCCAUUAGUAGAAAAUGAUGUAGUCGUUCACCUACGUCGCGAAAAAAAAAUUCAUACUCGUAAACAAGCAACAAUGGUUAAAGCCGCAUGAAUGCACAGGUAUUGUGAUGAAAAUUUAAAAUUCGAUAUCUCCUAAAGUAUUUGGAAUUUCUUAUCUCCGCCGGGUUUAGUGAAAAGAGGAAGUUAAAGAGCACAGAAUAAAAGUAAUUUCGGAAUUUAAAAUUUUUAUUUAACAAAUAUCGCCCAAAUAUGAUAAUUAAAAAAUUUGAUAUCUCCUAAAGUAUUUGGAAUUUCUUAUCUCCGCCGGUUUUAAUGAAAAGAGGAAGUGAAAGAGCAUAGAAUGAAAGUAUUUUCAGAUUUUUAGCAUUUUUUUUUUGCAAAUACAGUUACUCUACAUAUUUACCUGUUUAAUUUAUGAAGCCACUGAAUUCAAUUCAAUUCUGCUGCUGGGUCCGCUCCCUGCAGCAGGGUCUCUGGCGCCCGCCGAGCACGUGUCUUCAGCGCGGCUCCGGGAGCUCCUUGCAGCAGUAUCUCUGGCACCCUGGCCUCCAGAGGGUCUCCAGGAGCUCCCUGCAGCAGUGUCUCUGGCCCCUGGCCUCCAGAGGGUCUCCGGGAGCUCCCUGCAGCAGUGUCUCUGGCGCCCACGCCGCCCAGGGUCGGAACAACCCCCGCGCGCCGGCCGGGCAGCGAGGCCUCUGAAUGAGAAUCAGGGCAGUUGUGAGCUGCAGGUUCUCCAGGAGUUAGGUUCCAUAACCAUGCUGAGGCACAAGAGACCGCGUGCUGAACAAUGUUGAUGAUGGUAGUUGAAUCACCACAGCAUGAGGGACGAAUCCAUUUCCCUCAUCUCUCGGACUGUUACUAAUUGCUGCCGCUUGGCAGGCUUUCACCGAGGGUAUGCCAAGUGUGUGUUCAUGAUGCUCCUACUGCACUCAGACAACACACCAGACUGUUGGGAAUGCUUGGUUGCUGACACCGGCAGCAGACACAGGGCUAGAGGAUCAUGUUUGACGGUCCUACAUAUAUAUAAGUGUUAAUGUUUUUUUUCCCCAUUUAAAAACUAUGAAAAUAAAUUAAUUUUACAGUAGUUAUUUAAUAUAAGAUUUUUUUUAUAUUUUUCAUUUAUUAAAUUGGAAACAGUCCAGUUAAUAUUUACUUGAUCCUUUGUUUAGGAUUCUGGAUUAAUUUGCUAGGAAACAUUUUGGUUUUUGAUUCAUAUUCUGUGGAAGGCAAUGCAUCCUAUCUCUAGGAAAAUUACAUUACUAAUUUAAAACAUUGUAAAUUAGGCGAAAAACAUGGAAAAAUAUUAACUUAAAUAAUGGCAUACCUACAUAGUAAUAUUCAUACUACUCAAUGAUUUUGUUUUUGAUUAAAGUUUUAAUUUAAGUUAAAAACAAUUGUCUCUCUCAUGGUCAUUUUAUCAUCAGGAUCAGUAAAUCAAAAAUACAUCUGUAGUAGACACUGUACAACUUGAUGGAGGAAUUAUGUAGUUUAUAAAGCUUGCAGUAAAAUAAAACACAUGUUGCAUGGUGCUAUGCACCCAGAAUUCUAACUUCACAGAUAGUGAUAUAAAAAUUUGUGCAAGAAUUCGAAUGAGCAAGUAUGUGAGAGUGCAAGUAUGCAAGUUCACAAGUAUGAAAGUGUGCAACAAAGUAAUUUUAAACUUAAAUUUUCUAAUUAGCAUUGAAGUUGCAAUCAUAGACUGCUAUACAAGCAAGAAGAUGUUGUGAAUAUGAACUUUCGAAUGGGAUGAAGAAUUGAUUGUGGUGUAAGCUGUGGUGUAAAGUGCAAAAAAUAAUGCUGUAGGUGAACGUGAUUGACAACAUGAGUGAGAUAUCACCUCACACGACUAUAAAAGUCGAGCCUGUGGAGGCUGUUGAUCCUUCUGUACAGACAGAUGCAAAUGGAACAACAAUUCAGGCAGCAACAUCUUACCUUGCAAAAAAUACUGAUGCCCUUAGUGUGAAAAUAAAAACAGAGGUUGAUGAUGAGAGUGUCAGAACUGAGAGACUUAAAACAGUUACAGAAAAAAAUGCAUCUGAUGUAGUAAAUCCUGUGGCUCCAUCAGGAAAAAAAUGUAAUAGUGUACGGGAUAAUGGGAAAUCAGAGACUUCCAAGGGUAAUGGAGUUGUUUCCCAAAAUAUGGGAACUGCUAUAAAUAAAGUGGCAAGCCAAACCAUCAAGCAAGAAAUUGAUGAAAGUAACUCUGUUACCCAGUGUUCAGAUGGAACAGCUGCUCAUAGCAAAGCUAGUGAUAAUAUUAUCAAAGGAAAUUCUUUGCUUAGAACUAUAUUGAUUGGGGCUAAUAAAAAUCUUCAAAAGCCAUCUGCAGAGCAGCACAUCGGACAGCAGAGUGGUCAAGCCACGACGGUACAGCCAGUUGUCCGCUCCUCUGAGCAGUCGAGCACAGAUGAGGCCUUCAGUUUGAGAGAGUGUCUUAUACCAGGCAUGGAGGCUGAUGAUAUGUACAGCGACUCUGAAAGUGAACGAGAUGAGCUGGACGCGACCAAACGCGCUCCUCAACAGAAGAGAAACCCAGUCCUUAGUGAGCACCCGCAAGGCGAUUCUUCACAGAACAGUGCAUCGCAAGGGAUUGGGGACGUUGAUCAGCCAGGAAAAACACCUGCUGGCAAAACCAACAUUUUUUCAUGUAUUGCAUGUGGAAUGAGCUUUCGCUUUCGGUCUACAUUUAUAACUCACUUAGAAAGAAAUGUCAAGAAAUUGUCUUAUGAUUGUAAACAUUGUGCUACAAAGAUGGUGUUCUAUAACAAAUGCAAGCUUAUUGACCACAUGCGCAUGCAUGGUGAAGAUACCACAGUGCCAGAUGCAGAUGAUCUAGUGUCACUGAUAAUUUCUAAGUCACAUCACAGUCAAGAACCAUCUUUGGAGGGUGAAGAUAGUGACUCUGACAUUGAAAUUUGUGAUUUUGACUCUCAGCUUCGCACCUUGUUUGAUGGCGCUGCUUCUGACGCUGUUAAAUCUGAAUGCACAGUUGAGAAAAACAAUUCUGCUGUAGAAAAGUCUAAAAUGACAGGCAAUAAAGUUGUUAAGGAUAUUACUACUUACAACAGAUUGAAAUCUGUAAAAUUGAGCGCGGAUCCUGCGGGAAAAAAACCUGCACAUUCAAAGGGCAGUUCCGACCCUGCAGGGGGCAGACUCAAACAUGCUGUUGGUAACCCAGAUACGGAAGUGAACAGAUCUGAAACCACGGAUGGCGGUCUUGAUCCUGUUUUGAGCAUACCUGAAUCAGCGGGUAGCAGUAUCAAUUCUGCGGUGAUCGCAUCUGAAUCUGCAAAUGUCAGUCGUGAUUCUGCUUUUAGCGGACCUGAUUCUGCUGGUGGCAGUGUUGAUUCUGCUGUGAGCGGAUCUGAAUCUGCAGGUGGUAGUUUUGACUCUACAUUGAGUGGUACUGAUUCAGCAGUUGAUAAGAUUGUUCCCACAGUGAACAGAUGUAAAUCUGCGAGUAGGAGUCUGGGUUCUGCCGUGAGCCGCAGUCAAACGGCAGUUGAAAUCCCAAAACCUGUAACGAGCAAAUCAAGAUUCCAAGCUGGCAGCUUCAAAAAUACAGGAAACAGAUCAGUCAUUUGCCUUGACCAUGCAUCACAAAAAUCUGAAGUUAUUGCUGAGAAAGCUGAGCCUGGGUCAAAAAGAUCUCAACCUGCCAACAAAACUAUGAGUUAUAUUUUGAACAGAAAUAUGUCACCGGUUGUAAGCUCUUCCUCUUCCAUUAUCAGACAUACAGAAACUAAAUCAACUCAUGCAUUGGUGAGGCACAUCUCUUCAAUUAGGCCUGUUCAUUCUAACCUGAGGCCUUCAGCUUCGUCCGUCAGGCCGGUGUUGUCCGUGAGACCAUUUCAUUCAGGUAAACCCCUCCCUACGUACAGGUGGGUAUCGUCCGUUGGGACUCAAAUCUCCGUUCUCAAAAACGAUUCUGCUGUUACCACUUCAGAAAGUACAGUUGCCAGACCUGCAGUCUCAACCUCAGAACCUGUAUGUGUUGGCCUGCGAGUAAAAGGAUUUGCUCUGGAACAAAAGGAUAAUAUUCCAAACAUCAAUGUUAUAAACCCACCUGAUAAUGUGGAGAUAAUCUGCAGUGAGUGCAAAACAAAAAUGCUGCUAGGAGAAUUACAAAGUCAUUUUCAGACUGUAAAUCCCUUGCUUACUGUGGACAGCCUUCGCUGUCUGAGGUGUGUGUUGAUUCUCCCGACGAGCUGCAGCUUCAUCGCUCACAAACGCAUCCACGCCAAACUGAAGCCGUUUGUGUGUCCUGAGUGCGGGCACGUGUUCACGACGUUCGAGAUGCUGACAGUGCACCUUCACAGCGUGUGCUUCCACAUGCAGAAGUGCGUGUGUUACUGCUGCACCUUCUGCAAGGUCCUCUGCAACACCGCAGACGAGCUUGUGGAUCACAUCAUGCGGAGCAAACAUUUUGUAUAUGCAUUUAUGUGCACCGCAUGUAAUGCAGUGUACCAAGAAUUUGCAGAACUGCAGUCGCACAUUGAGGAACGCCAUGCUCCCAUACAACAGCCAUCAAAGAGGAUCUACUACAAGUGUCUGUUGUGUCCACACAAGCUUAUAUGUGUGCAGGAUAUACGUGUGCAUGCUGCGAGUCAUCCAAAAAUGCGAGAUUCACUAGUGUAUUACUAUAAGUGUGGCACGUGCUCCUUCGUAGCGUACAGCAAGGACAAGUUUGCCUCUCACCGAGAAGUGUGCAGUGCUGCAUUACCGACUCUCAGCAAUGUACGACCAUCUCACAAACUUAUUGUCAAACAGAAGGACAAAGCCAGUGCUCCCCAGACAGUGUUGAUUCAGGCUAUUGAUUCGAGAGGAAAUGUUACUUUUCAGAGGCAAUUGCUUCAUGGAUCAUUCGUAAAUGGUCAGACUAAUGCAGUGAGAUCACCAAUUAAAAUUGUAAAGAAAUCAAGCCUACAUUCUAAUGCUAAUAUGAGACACAAAACUGCAAACCCUGUUCCCAACUCAAAUAUAAGCCCCAAGACAAUAAAUCCCUUGCCAAACUCUGCUGUCAUUAAUUUUGUUGAUACGAAUGCGGGAUGUGAAAAUACAUAUUCCAUUAAUGAAACACGUGAAAACAACUCCGAUGAGGCACGGGAUAGCGGAAUGCCAAUUGAAGAAAAUGAAACGAUGUUUACUACUAAUUUUGGCGAUGCUGGAGAAGGGAACGAAAAAGAUCCCUUGAGCUUAGAAGGAAUGGAGCCGUCUAAAACCACUACGAGUUCGUGUGUCGUGUGCGGCAAGUUUGUGGAGCGCUCGUUGAUCCGUUCAGGAGUCCAACGUGUGCCUGUUCGUUGUGCUUCUUGCGUGGCUAAGUCGUGCUACGAAUCAAAGUCGAAAACUAGCACAGUACUUGUGGUUAGUCCAAAAAGUAUUUCAAGCAGUAGUAUCCAACCAUCUGAUGCUGGCCCAGCACGGAAGAAACGAAGGUUAUCUUCAUCUGCUACGAAUGAUAAAUUUAAGUGCAGUAGGUGCUCGUGUCUUCUUGUCAGUGUUGACCAUGCCGUUAUUCAAAGCCAUUAUAAAUCAGUUCAUGAUGAGGAACUUUCGCCAGAGCUUCUAGAGCAGGAAGUGAAGGCCGCUAAAGAAAAAGCAACCAUCUCUUCUACAAAAGUAGAUGGUAAAACUGACAAAAAGAAUGGUUUAGACCAAAGUACGAAGAGUGCAGGUAGUAGUACAAAAGCUAAAAAGAAAAAGAAAACUUCUAAAAGUGUAGAAUCUAAAAGCAAUGCUACUAUUACACAUUCAGCACCUGAAAAUUAUGAUGUUCAUGAGAAAAUUGAUAAUGAAAGUGAUGUGAAAUCGGAUGACGGCCAGAAAGAUUUAAGGGAGGGUUAUCCAUGUAACUACGGUAACUGCCAGUUCUCAACCAGUGAUUUGUCAGCUUUCAAAGAGCACAUUAUUUCACACAGAUCAGAAGAGUACAUAUAUCAGUGCAUGGAAUGUGGCUUUGCUAGCAAGUCAGGCUUCUCCUUGUCCUAUCACUUGAUGAUAAAACACGGUAUCGUGGAUGCUCAGAGCUAUGCAAACGAUAAAAAAGAAUGCUAUUUUGGUGGCGAAAGUGACAGUUCAGAUUGUGACUCGGACUGCUCUUGGAGUGAAUCACGAAACAACAGCACUGAAAAUGUGGCCGAGAAUGAAUGUCGAGUGUGUAGAGAGACAUUUGAGAGCUCACAAGAAUUAGGCCAACACAUUCGCACUCAUGGUAUGGCAUUUUUAGUGCAUAUGAGAAAGAAUCGUAACAGUCUGCUGGAAAAACAAGUUGUAUCAUAAUAUAAAGAUUUUUAGAACAUGUGUAAAUACAAUCGCUGUUAAUAUUUUUUUUUUUUUUAUAAUUUGGACUGAUAUUUUAACAUAGGUAAUAUUGCUGUGUAGUUAUUUUUGACUCAUAUUUAUUUGUGCAACUACAAAUUUCACCUGCAUUCAAGUUUCUACACAAAAAUAUAGAAGUAUUUUUAGGUUUUUGUUUUAAAGUAGUUUUUUAGAAUCAAUUUUAUUUUUGUGUUUAUGUUGGUGUAAUUUUGUACGAGAGCAUUGUUUAUCAGUCACAUUGAAAAUUUAACAGGGUAAAUGAUAAUGUUCCUUACAGUAAAAUGUUUUCAUUUAGGCUAGAAUCACCUUUGCAAUUUUUUCUCCUAACUGAUUUAAAGCCAUCUGUAUUAUGUUUUUUGGCACAAAAUUCAUGUAAGUUGUUGUACUAUUGAGAUACACUUGUUUCUGGUGUAAAUAAGAUAUAAUGUUUGCAAUGUUAGAUUUUAAACAUUCCUACAUUACACGUGUGUUAUAAUAACAAUAUAUAUUGCCUAAACAUUUCAUCAACUGUUUUCUGUAGCAAGUUGUUAAGGAGUCGCCAACUUCUGUGAAGAAAUUCAAUUUGCUAUUUUUUAAAAGUGAUUUUUUCCUUGUGAUUCCUAUGUUUUGCUUUUUUAUAGUUCUAGUUUUGAAACAUUAGCAACUACCAAUGUUGCCCAAUAUUCAACUUUAGAUCAGUUGUAUCUAACAUUAAGAAACCCAUAGCACCUGACUGUAAAUAAAUUUUCCUUAGGCCCUCUAACUACAUAAAAAAAAACACAUGAAUGAUAAAAUAGUGGAACAAAUAAAUGUGAUUCAUUGAUAUAAUAAUUGGUUUAUACCUUGUUUAGUAUCAGUAAAAGCGGUUGCAGUCUAUAUACCUUAAAAAAAACAGCUUUAUUAUACAUGUUUUACAAAAAAAUUAAAUUAUUAUUUAAUGUUACCCUUUUUUUUUUGUGCCCUAAUUGUGGUUUGAGGCCCAAUCUGAAAUUUUCCAUGUCCCGGUAACUGAGUCAUGGCAUGGCAGUUGGAAAACACUGCUUUAGAUUAACUGAAUAUUGUGCUAUAUCAAUGCAACAUAUCAAUAUCUGGUAUGCCAGAAGCAAAUACUCAUCACGUGCAAUGUGAAAACAUAUAUAAUUUAACCCUUCAUAGUGAUACAAAUAUAAAUCUGCCUGCAGAGUUCAACUAUAAUCCAGCUCAUUUGAGGCCACAACCUUGCUGGAUUAAUAAUUUUGCUGGAUUUUUAGAUAUUGUUACAGUUUAAACAGGAAUACCAAGUGUGAAUUGUGAAAUGGAACCCACUAGAAAACAGGAAACACUAAACAGAAAUGAAAUCCAAAGGUAAUGACAAACUCUGAGCUAACAAAAAAUACUAGCUGCGCAAUAAUGCUACCUGGCUGCCAGAGUCAACAGCUGAAACCCAUUAAAAAAAAUCUGAUCACAAGCAUUUGGAUUGGUGCCAAAUGGAAAAAUGUGCCAUUCCAUACGAUGGAAAAUUUAAAACCUUUCACUGUACUUUUUUAAAAAAAAUUUCAACUUGUUUGGCACUAUUAAAGCUUAACACAUGUCUAUAUGGUUGUAAGACUAUGCUAUUUCUGUUAGUAGAGACAAGAUUUUAUGGUUUUAUUUUUAGUCCAAUUUUGUUUAAAAAAAAAUAUAAUUCAUUAUUCUUGUUAUUAUUUAUAUAAAGGCUGUUUGUAAUACUUAAUCCACCAAAAUAGGGGUAAAAUUUAUAUUCUGCAUUUUACAAUAAAAUAAUUUACAAUAAAUUGGUCUGAAACAAAACAAUAAAAAUAAAUAAGCAAGAAUUUGUGGUUUAAAAGUGAUUCGAUAAUAGGUGCACAGUAAAAUUAAUUAAAUUAAUUUUUCUGAUCCAUGCACUUUGGUACAAUGUUUGUCAGGAAAUUACAUUCGUUGCAUUUCAAACAAUAAGAGAUAACUUUUUUUUUAUGAUUUGAAUUAAGUUUUUAUAAAUACUACUUAAUUCCAUGAUAUAACUUGCUUUUCAGUGCUAAUGGUGUAUUAACUUGUGUUUUGGUGCUAUGCUGUGUUUUAACACAUUUUACGGUGUUUCCUGGUUUAUCGCAAUUCACUACACAAUCUUGUCCCUAAGUAUCAGAUGUGAUGAACUUCUUUUAUAUGUUAUUUUAUUAUGGAUUCCUGUAAAUUUUAUACUUUGUGAAAUGUAAUCAACAGCAGUAUGGUGCUGUAAGUAACUUGAAGAGUAUGAGAAAUUUAAGAUUUAUAAAGAGUUCCAUAGAGAGAUUGAUAUGAAACAGUUAUGCAUUGUUGAGAUUUAUUUACAUAAACUUGAGCUUAGUACUGUGCUAUUUUUCAGUGAGAAUCCUGCUAUCUUCCUACGGUACAGGUUAUUUAUUGGUUGUAACUACAAGUUGUAUUCAAAGCUUUACAGUGAAUUAUUGCGGGCUUUGGAAAUGAAGUUUAAAGUUUGACAUGUCUUCACAAAAGUUUCUUCUCAAGAAUUUUAUCAAGAAUGGCAAAUAUUUUGCCCGAGCUAAGAAAAUCUUGAAUUUUAUGUAAAGGCAUGAAUUCUUACAGAUGUGCCACAAGAAUUUGACUUAAGGUCUAUAGAAUUUGUAUUAGCCCACUAGCUCUUUGUGUUAUUUUGAAUGUAAACUUAUAUCAACUUAUAUCAACUAUAUAAUGUAAUGUAAAUUUGGAGAUGAUAGUACAAGAAUCCUGUGAAAUAUGUAUCCCAUGAAUUAUUGUUAUGCACCCAGUGUGUAGCAGUGUAUUUUCAAAGUGAAUUUUUUGAGAACUUGUCUUGUUUAAUAUCAGUUAGUGAAUAUUUUGCUCUCUGUGAAAAUGUCUUAAAAGGAUUUUACUGUACUAUUUUGAUGCAGCUUUUUUUCUAACUAUGUCAUCCACAAUAAUUAUUUUAUUUUGUGAAUAAAUUCAUGAUGUGACUAUGAAAA